AUGUUUUACGACAGACAACUUGCUGCUGCUAAGAAAGCAGCCUCUCUUGCUCCUCGCCCUUUGCCAGGUCCUGUUUCAUUUUUGUUGGAUUUCAGUGAUUCGACUCAAGAGGACCUCCGCAAAGAAGAAGCCCAGGGUACGCUAAAGCGCAUAACGGAACUCGUGAAUGAGACGCUUUCUAGUGAUGGAAUGACAGGUGUGUUGCCUUUGUCCGAGGAAGAUGUACUCGUUGCCAUUGACAAUGGAAAAUCUGAAGGAGGUCCUCGUGGUCAGCACUGGGUAUUGGAUCCUAUUGAUGGUACCAAAGGAUUUCUAAGGGGUGAUCAAUAUGCCAUUGCAUUAGCAUUGCUAGAUGAAGGUAAAGUUGUGCUGGGAGUGUUGGCCUGCCCAAAUCUUCCUUUAGCAUCUGUUGUCAUCCAUAAUCAGCACAUUUCUAAAGAUGAAGUUGGUUGUCUUUUUUUUGCCCAAGUUGGUACUGGAACUUAUAUGCAGAGUCUAGAUGGCUCCAAGGCAACAAAGUUACAUGUUUGUGCAACUGAAAACCUUGAAGAAGCAUCAUUCUUCUAA